AUGGCUUCCCUCUACAGCAGUGCGUUGCCGUGCUCCUUUUUGCAUGUGUGCUCUGAGUGCACGCUUCCCUACUUCUUCCCGUUUCUCUCCCCCUCUCAUGCUGGCAUGAUCAAGACGGACCAGGAGGAGUUUUUUAUUGAGCCGUUGGAAAGGGGCGACGGAGUGAUAGAAAAAGAGGAGGAGGAGGCGGGAGGAGGCAGGACGCACAUCGUCUAUCGCUCGUCAGCUGUUAAGAAAGUGCCCAUCAGCAGCGCAGCGGAGGACUACCACUCCAGAGGUGCAGAUCUGGGGGGUCUAAUGGACUUGGAGUCACUGUAUCGAGGGGUGGAGCAGAGCAUCAAUAACACACGAGCCGGACGAGUGCGCCGACAGAGUCUAGACAGAGCCUACAACAUCGAGGUGCUGCUGGGCGUCGACGACUCCGUGGUCCAGUUUCACGGGAAGGAUGUGCAGAAGUACCUGCUCACACUCAUGAACAUUGUGAAUGAGAUCUACCAUGAUAAGACGUUGGGAGCAAAAAUCAAUGUUGUACUGGUGCGGAUAAUCAUGCUGGGAUAUGGCAAGUCCAUGAGCCUUAUUGAACUUGGAAACCCAUCUCAGAGUCUGGAGAACGUGUGCCGCUGGGCCUUUCAACAGCAGAAGCAAGACACGGGGGACGCCGAGUAUCACGAUCAUGCUAUUUUCCUCACACGGCAAGAAUUUGGCCCCACCGGCAUGCAGGGUUAUGCUCCAGUGACGGGGAUGUGCCAUCCUGUGAGGAGCUGCACUUUGAACCACGAGGAUGGUUUCUCCUCUGCCUUUGUGGUGGCACAUGAAACUGGACAUGUGCUGGGGAUGGAGCAUGACGGUCAGGGAAACCGCUGCGGAGACGAGGUGCCCAUGGGCAGCAUCAUGGCACCUCUGGUGCAAGCCGCCUUCCAUUACUUUAAAUGGUCCAGAUGUAGCAUGCAGGAGCUUGGACGCUACCUUCACUCUUAUGAUUGUCUUCGGGAUGACCCAUUUGACCACAACUGGCCGUCGCUGCCUCAACUUCCUGGUAUGCAUUACUCCAUGAAUGAACAGUGUCGCUUUGACUUCGGUGUUGGCUACACCAUGUGCACCGCGCUAAAAAAGGCGAGCCAGUCAGGAACGCAGUAUCGCCCGUUCGACCCAUGUAAGCAGCUGUGGUGUAGUCACCCAGACAAUCCAUUCUUCUGCAAGACCAAGAAGGGACCACCCAUUGAUGGAACGAUGUGUGGGGACGGAGGAAAGCACUGCUUUAAAGGUCAAUGCAUCUGGUUGACUCCUGACAUCAUGAAGCAAGAUGGAAGUUGGGGCCCAUGGAGUGAGUUUGGUCAGUGUUCCCGCACCUGUGGUGGAGGUUUACAGUUUCGCACAAGAAAUUGUGAUAAUCCCAGUCCAGCCAAAGGAGGUCGGGCCUGCACGGGGGCGACAUAUCAGUUCCAGAUGUGCAACACCAACGAGUGUGAGGACAUCUACAGUGACCCAAGGGAGGAGCAGUGCCAGAGCGCUUCAGAUCAGAGCAACAAACACCACUGGCUGCCUUAUGAACACCCAGAUUCUAAGGAACGUUGCCACCUUUACUGCCAGUCUAAGGAGACGAGAGACGUGAGCCUCAUUAAGGAAAUGGUUCUGGAUGGCACACGCUGCUCGUACAAGGACCCACACAGUGUGUGUGUGCGUGGAGAGUGCAAGAAAGUGGGCUGUGAUGGCGUGAUCGGCUCUUCGAAGCAGGAGGACAAGUGUGGAGUGUGUGGAGGAAACAACACCAGCUGCGAAACCUUCAGAAGCACAAUAAAACGGACAGCGAAGAAGCAAGGUUUCCUCAAAGUUCUUGAAAUCCCAAGAGGCGCGAGACACUUACUUAUUCAAGAACUAAAAGCCACCCCUCACACUCUUGCUGUUAAGAAUGUGGCAUCAGGACUGUUCUUCUUAAACGGGGACGAUAAAUACCCCAAAUCCCGUUCAGUCAUAGAGAAAGGCGUGGAGUGGGAAUAUGAGAACGACAACAACAAGGAAACUCUUCAGAGCAUAGGACCCCUCAGACAUGGAAUUCUAAUAAUGAUGAAACUGUACGGAGACGAGGAUGUGAAUUUGUUCUAUAAGUACAUGAUAAAUAUGGACCGUGACUCCGCAAUCCAAAACAACAUGCUAGUAGAAGACAGCGCCUAUGAGUGGGCGCCAAAAAGAUGGUCCUAUUGUUCCAAGGCUUGUGGUGGAGGGAAGCAGUACCUGCGAUACGGCUGCAGAAGAAAAGUUGACAGCAAGAUGGUUCACAAAAGCUUCUGUGAUAGAUUAGAUAAGCACCACUGGAUUGGAUACUGCAACCAGAAGCCCUGCCCUACACCUAUAUGGGUAACUGAGGAGUGGCAGAACUGCAGUAAGCCGUGUGGAAAGACAGGGUUUCAGGUCCGCUCUGUCAGGUGUAUGCAGCCGUUAGAAGGCAACACAACACGUCUGAUCCACAAUAAACACUGUAGUGACGACCGUCCAGAGUCACGCAGACCCUGCAACCAGUUUCCCUGCCCCACUGAGUGGAGCGUUGGCCCAUGGUCACAGUGCUCAGUGACGUGUGGCAAUGGGACCCAGCAGAGGCAGGCUCUGUGCCACACCCGGGACAACACCAUCGGCCUGUGUUUAGAUAGCAAGCCAGAAACUAUAAGAGUUUGCCGUCUGGACCCAUGUCCCAAGGGCUCAUCAGACCUCAACAAAAAUGGCAACAUUCUGAUCCAGUGGCUUUCUCGUCCCAAUCCCAACUACCCGAGGAUCUCUUCACGCCAACGUUGCCAUGGAGACCGUUCUGUGUUCUGUCGUAUGGAAAGGCUGAAGCACUACUGCUCUCUGCCGGACUACCAGCGUAUAUGCUGCAAGACCUGCAGCCACUUCAGCAGCACAGAACCUGCGCCCAGUUCCACGUCUAGAUCCAACCUCGUCACCUCUGUUACAGAUCCUUCACCCAACAACACCUUGAGCUCUGGGUUCACCACCUCCCAGCCCAUUGAAGCUGACAUCACCACCGUUUCAACUUCUGCCACCAAUUCAUGGUCUACCACUCAGCUUCCAGUCUCCACCACUUCAGCUUUUCACUCCAGCCCAACUCCACGUUGUACCACAGUAAUAAUACCUACUCCUCCACCAACUAUAACCACCAUCCCUUUCCUCCCGACCCUAUUUCCUAAUUCCAUCACAUUUUCUAACACAUUUCCCAUAAUUGAGAGCACAGAUCAGAAGGUGCAGACCACUACAACUUCUCCAACAGCUGCAAAACUGACGUCAACCUUCAGAACUGACUGGACUAAUCCAACAGAAAGCAAUUCACCACAAGAAAAAUUUUCUACAACUCCUCCUUUCAGCAGUAGUAGCACAAUGCUGAACUUGCCCUUCCAUGAGUCAAAAAUCAGUCCGACACACCUGAGUGGUACAGGUGUUACAGCUAAAACUCCACUGUUGCAUCAUGAUAGCACACUAACAGAAGCCACAACGUCCAACCGUUUUACUGGCUUCAUAACACCUUCAAGAGGCAUUAGCACUGAGGAUGUCGCGGUGGCAAGCAGUGGGGAUGCUACGGACACAAGUGGGACUUUUCCAAGUGGUGAUGACAACAAAGAGUCCUAUACCUCUGCAGGAAUGGUCAGUGGCACUGUUGGGCUGGAGGACGGCUUAUCCACGAUGAACCCAGGUAUAAAUGAAGACGAUUCAACCAAGCUUGCCUCCUCGCCCUGGCUGGAACAUUCUGAGUACAUCCCUGUGAGCAUUCCCAUUCCCACAACCACCUCCGAUCUCACCCCUACCUCACUCCCAACAGUAAUCGCUCAUUCCAAAGAAGAAGCUGCUACAUUAGCUCCAACUUUGGUCCCUACCUUAAAGCCUCAGCAAAGGACUGUGGAGAACAAUGAGAACAACUUAAUUGAUACCUUUGACAACAAAGUUGUAGGUGUAGACAGUACCAUCUCUCAGAAUAACCUGAUUCCGAAGCGUCGGGUCAACCUUAGAGAAAAAACCAGGAACAAACGUAUACAAGAGCUUCUGGAGGAAAAACGAAACUUUCUCCUCAGGAUGAAAAGAGCCCAGCGUGCACGCUAG